GAGCUGAGUGCGUUCCUUUUAGGGCCAAAACAUACCUGCCUCAACUUUUGCACCCGGUAGCGUUUUGUUUGCUGAUGCAGCUUUGCUCUGCAGAUUGCAGAGCUGUCAGGCAGUCCGGGGUUCCUCUGCUGCCAUCUGACAGGAAUGAGAGCAGUACUGCUUUGUGUAAGCACACUGCAGUUUGAACAUCAGUUUCUGCUCUGGCUGUAGAACAGCGUCUUUUGGUUUUGGGGGUGGAUGUGGGCUAACGGGACGGUGCUGCUCCUGGUGUCUGUGCAAUCACACUGGAUCUGUUGUUGCAGGGACGGAGCCUGCGCGUCCGUGGGAUGGUGCUGGGCAUGGGGGGAAACGGAAAGCCUCCCCAGGUAAGAAGCUCCUGUCAGCUGUGGUGUGGGUGCUGCCUCUAAGCAGGGCUGCAUGCAGGGCUGUGUGUGAUGGAGGGGAGAGGAAAGGGCGCUGCAGAUCUGUGCUGACUGCAGAAGUGGCACAACGCUGUAGCAGCGGAAAGAAACGAUGCUUGAGGAGCAGACGUCUGUGGCUGGCAGUGCUAAAAUGUUUGUCCAAAGAGAUGCUCUUCAUGUCUUUGUUUCCUUUCUGUCAGAAGCUGAUGCAAGCAGCCUUCCAGCCAAGCGCAGCUUUGCAGAAAGGCAAGGCAGAAGCACCGAGUGUGGCACAGCACCCAAGAGAGACAGAGGUGCUGAGCCCAAUGGAAAGAUCUACGCGAAAGCGGUGCAGGAGGUCCUUUCAGAGAGAGCUCGUCUCCAGGCUGGAGGGCUUCCUCCAUCAGCAGGUCCCAGCUCAGGGGGAAGACCUGCCCCUGCCGUGUGCCCCCGCUCUGUCGCCAAGUCCCUGGCUGGAGGGAAACGCAAGGGCUUGGAAGAAGAGCAGCAAACAGCAGCACAGCUGCCUGCUACCAAAAGAGCGAGGGCUGAGAGCGGAGGCAGCGUGCCGGCUCCAGCAGCACAGCCUGGGCCUGCUGCAGCACGGAGCUCCAAGCUGAGAGGUAAGCAGGUGCUGUGCUACCGCCCUGCAGGGCAGGUGCUGCCCUUAUCAAGCACACUGAGGCUGCACAGCCUUGGCUUUGCUUUUUCCUUCUCUGCAGAGGGGAAAAGAGUUGAAGCCUCCAAAGUCCCAAGGCAGUGAGGUGCCACAGUAUGUAAACCCGUCUCUUUAACUGCCUGGUGGUCUUCUGUUUGUCCCCCUGGAAAUGUCAUUCACUGAGAGGCUUCCUGCUCAAAUUUCCCAUCUUUUUUCUGCCUUCUGCUUUUGCGGUACCCUGUUUACACCGUUCUGCUGCUGACAGAAUGAAUUCAUUUUUAUUCUUGCUUUAUAGCAAGACGACGACAACAAAAAGAGAGGAGAGGGCAACUGAAGAAGGCUUCCCUCAGAGCUGCAGCUGCACAUGCAGAGGUGAGUCCUUGGUGAGCACAGACACGGCUCUUGUGGCCCUCAGUGCCUCUGUCUGACAGCCAUGAAAGAUGCUGUAAGGUCCUGAGGGCAGUGAUGUCACAGAAAAACACCCCGCUGUGUGUCUGAGGAAAUCACGCUGUCAGUGAGAGCUGCCCAGGGGAGCUUGGGUGCCUUCCUCUGCCUUCAGAAGGACACCACUGGUAACGGCCGGAGGGUUUUGCUGCCACAA